UCAGGAAAAGAAGCCUACAGUACAAAACCAAUAACAGCACUGCAGGACUAAAUUAUUUAGAAACAAAAUAAAUAAAUCCCGCAUCAUCAAUCAAAUAGCCAGAGAGAUCAAACUCUGCUUCAACCACCACGAGCUAUGGCCUUGACAAUAGCUGCAGCCACAAUGGAGGUAUGAUGAACAAGCUUGUUCUGGUCCGACAAAGGAGAUCUUCCUCUAGAAAAUCCUCUCUCACAGGACCUGGCCUCAGUUGCAGCAUCGAAUGUACCUUGCUCUGCAGACUUAUAGUCGCCUUUGGAAAUAGCUUCAGGAACAUCUCCUCACACAAUAACCCACCCUGUACCUCUCCGCACAAGAAUGCAGUGCCUCUUGCGUGCUCUGGUCCAUACCACUCUGAAGAAGUUAUCGGAGUGUAUUGGUGCCCCUGGAAUCGAGUGUAUCCACCAUGAUCUGAGCGAGCUCUCUGAUGUUUGCGUUGUGGCUUUGAGGAAUUGAUCGGAGAGUCCAGAGGCAGAGAUCGUAGUAAGGAGUUUGUCUGCAAGUUUGCUCUACUAUGUCGCUUGUGUCGAUAAUGCUUGGAAUUGAAGAAGAAUGAACAGGGAAUGUGAACAGUAUGAGAGAAGUGAAGACCAGAGACAUGAUUGUGAAAGUAAUCUUCAUCUUUCGUGUGGAAAAGAGAUUCAAGGCUUUGAAGAAAGGAAAUUGAUUGGAUGACGCCUUAGCAGCUCUGUGUCUCUGUAUCGAGCGUGAUCAUUUAUAUCUAUAGGUUUUUGUGGGGCAGAGAUCAAGGCAGAAGAAAAGCAACGACACCAUGACCAAAUCGUAUGGUGUGCUUAGUCAGAGUAAGCUGUUAAGCUUGAGACUUGCCUGCAUCAGAGGAAUAUCUUACCGUCUUGAUCUUGGAAGCUCUAUAGUGAGUGGCAGUCAGUGGUGUAGGCGUAGGCUUCCCGAUUAAUGUUUGAAACUUGAGCCCAUCUAAAUAUAAAAGCCCAUUUAAUUUAUGGGCCGAUUUUAUGGUGCUGGAUCCCAACUGGUAUGGUCCGGCCUGCCAGGCCCAAAAGCAAUGCACCCGAUUUUUUCAUUUUGGGUGGUUGAGGAAGAGACCAUGGACAGUUGAAAACUUGCAUAGACAAACCAACCAGUAUAAUCGUCGAAAUGUAAGAAGACAAGGGCCUUUGAAUAAAAAGAAUGAAAGCACUCGCAUGGAUGACGGAUUCAAGGAAAUUAGUCGCGGAUUUUCAUAUUUGGAAGAUCUUGAUUUGAUAGGUUGCUAAAUACUCCAUGACUUCCAGGAACUUACAGAAGCUUUCUUCACCUCAAUGUGCUUAUGAUGUAUUUAUUAGUUUUAGAGGUGAAGAUACCCGCAACAACUUUACUGAUCAUCUAUUAACCGCUCUGCAUCAGAAAGGCAUUAACACGUUUAGGGACGAUGAAGCAUUGGAGAGAAGAAAGAGUGUUUCACCAAUAGUCCUGAAAGCCAUUGAAGAAUCAAGGUUUUCAAUCAUUGUUUUCUCAAGAAACUAUGCAUCAUCAAUAUGCUGCUUGGAUGAACUUGUUAAGAUUGUAAAGUGCAUGGAAACAAUGGAGCAGACAGUUUUUCCAGUUUUCUAUGAUGUGGAGCCUUCUGACGUACGGAAACAAGCUGGGAAAUUCGAGAGGGCCUUUGCUGAACAUGAAGACACUUUCAAGCAAAAUAUGGAGAGAGUAAGUAGGUGGCGGGAGGCAAUGACAGAGGUGGCCAAUCUCUCUGGAUGGGCUUUACUGGAUAGGCACGAGUCCAAAUUUAUUGAAGACAUUGUUGAAGAGAUAUCAGUUAGAUUGGGUCAGACAUUCUCAAUUGUUUCCAAGGAACUAGUUGGAAUAGAUUCCCGUAUCAGGGAAACGGAGUUGCUUCUAGAAAUGGGGCUAGAUGGUGUUCGGUUUAUAGGAAUCUGUGGGACGAAAGGAAUUGGUAAAACAACUAUUGCUCAAGCUGUUUAUGACAGUUUAUCUUGUCAAUUUGAAGGCAAUACCUUUCUUUCUGAUGUUGGGGAAGUUUCUGAAAGAUUUGGUCUCGUUUCUUUACAGCAACAAAUUCUUUCUGAUAUCUUCAAGGAAAGAAAUGUGAAUAUGAGCUUGUGGAAUGUCAAUGGAGGAGCGGCUGCUAUUAGAAAAAUGAUAUACUUCAAAAAGAUUCUUCUGGUUGUUGACGGUGUGGAUAAAUUAGAGCAACUAGAAAGCUUAGCUGGAAAUCAUGACUGGUUCUGCGAGGGAAGCAGAAUCAUCAUAACAGUUAGGGAUGAAAAUCUGCUGGUAAGGCAUGGUGUUGAUCGAAUAUACAGAGUUGAGAGAUUAAAUCAUGAUGAAGCACUUCACCUCUUUUGUCGGAAGGCUUUCAAGAAAGAGCAGCCAGAAAAUGACUAUGUAGAACUGUCCAACCUGUUUGUCAAUUAUGUUUAUGGCGUUCCUUUAGCUCUUAAAGUAUUAGGUUCUUUUCUGUUUGGCAGGAGUAUACCAGAGUGGAAAAGUGCAUUGAAGAGACUGGAAAAAUAUCCUGAUUAUUGGAAAUCCUUAAAAUAGGCAAUGCUUCAUGAUUAGAUUAAAGGAAUCUUUUUCUCAGAUGCCUUGCCAAAUUACAGAGUACCUGAGUAGCAGACAUGAUAACUUGAGUUCUUGCAAAUGAAAAACAAGAAUUCACUGUGUGACAUGUAAAUGCCUAUUGUUCUAGCAGCAAUGUUGGAAGGUCCAUUUGUUGCACACAUUUUCUACUUACUUUGGGGUAACCUGUUUUAUUUCAUGUAUUAAGUGCUGGAUGAAUCUCACAGAAGAGGUAUGUGUACAUUUAGACUGAAUUCUGCCAUCAAUAUGAAUACUCAAUGCUGUACAAACAUGUUUAUCGCACCAUAAUUGACGAAUUCAUAAUUUUGUGUGUAUCUAUGUCUUGCAGCUUCUCUUUCGUAUGGUGUCAUCGCUAUAUCUGCAGUUUUCAUACUCUUUGCACAGAAAAAUGAUCGAAGAUGCAACACAGUUGAUAUAUUUUCCAGUAGUAACUCUCUGUACUUUCUUUGAUUCCGACAUAUGGUAUUCUUUGUUUGAGUUUGACUUUGAAGCACAAAUUCUUUUGAUCAGACACUUUUCCUUUUGGGAAAGAAGCGGAGGAUGAUUGGAGGAGACUAUGAUGAGUUUUUCUUUUGGUCUGAAUGAAAAUGAAUGACAAUAAUUUGGAAAUCUUCUUAGAUGGAUGAAUGAUGAUUGUUGUUGCUUUGAUGUCUCACUCUGAUUUUGUUCUUGUACAGAUAUCUAAUUGUUCUUACAUGCUAAAUUGACUUCGUUUAGAGC